AUGGAGAAAACUAAACACACAAAAUACUUCAGCCGCUGCCUGUUUCUGCUGCCAGCACAAGCGACUUCCUACGACGGAAACCGGCUCUCCAUCGUCUACUUCUGCCUGAGCGGACUAGAUCUUCUGGGAACCCUGGAUCAGUUCAUCAAGACAGACGAACAGAGAAAGGAGUACAUUGAGUGGAUCUACAAGCAGGUGGUCGAGUCUGGGGAGGGAUUUCGAGGAUCCCCCACGUUCAAGCUCUGUGGACAUGAGCAUAGCGAGUCACGAGAGGGAGACAACAAAUAUGACCCGGCUAACCUCGCAGCCACAUUCUUCGGCCUUGCGUGUCUCGGCAUCCUAGGUGACCGGGAGAUCUGGACACGUCUAUCGCGUGACAAAAUUCUGUCGUAUGUGGCUUCUUGUCAGCGUGAUGACGGCAGUUUUGGAUCCUUUUGCAUUGAUGGAAAGGUGGCCCCAGAUUAUGAUAUGAGAUAUUGUUACCUGGCCACUGGCAUUAGACGACUGGCACGUGAUACCUCAGAGAGAUUGUCUAGUUCGCGAGACAUUAACAUCCCUGCUAUGGUUGGCCAUAUCAAGAACACAGAGUCGUUUCAGGGAGGCAUUGGACAAGGUCAGACGGGCAACGUCACCGAGCCGCACUCCGGACUGACAUAUUGCGGACUGUCAGCGUUGAAGAACGCCGGCCAACUGAACAACAAGGAGUGGGGAACAACGUUAGAAUGGCUUGUGGGCAGGCAGUGUGACGAGAGAACAAGCGAGACGCAGGUGUCCGAGUCAUCUAAGAGAGAUGACAAUGACUCGUCGGAGGAAGAACAAGGAGACCCCCAGACUGGAGGUUUUAAUGGCAGAGUUGGAAAACUGGCAGACACAUGCUACUCAUUCUGGGUGGGUGCUUCAUUGGCCAGUCUGGGAGGUACGAAUUAUGUUUCGGCUGAUCUGGCCCGUGAAUAUCUUCUCAACAACACUCAGAACACACUUCUGGGUGGCUUUGGUAAGACCCCCGGCGAGAUUCCAGAUCCUUUGCAUUCUUAUCUCGGCGUUUGUGCCCUGAGCAUCUUUGGACAGCCAGGUUUGGGUAAGGUUGUUCCUGAGCUUUGCAUUAGUGAGAAGGCCUUUGAAACGUUGACUGGAGGAGAUAGCACGAGUGUGGCUGUAUGA